UAUAUAGUUUACUUCACUGAUUAAUUUGUGGGCAAAUUAAGGGAGGGCCAAGAGAACACCAUAGGAAAAGAAAAAAAUGGGUGAAGUUGUUGAUGCAAACUCUACUCCCGUGACACCAAGGCCUAAUGUAAACUCUACUCCUGUAACACCAAGGCCAGCCUCAGUGUCACCAACGCCACCGAUAUCGGCUCCUCCGUCGCAAUUUCAUUCGCCGUCGUUGUCUAGAUCACCUUUGCUCACACCUGAUCAUAUUGUUCCAAGCAAAACUCCAAGGAACUCAACCCCAAGAAAUGCAACCCCAAGACUUAGAACUCCUCGCUUUAUGACCCCUUUAGGUAGUCCUCUUAGAAGGGCUCUCCAACUCACAAAACUUGACCCUCAAGAUGCUUGGCUUCCAAUUACUGAGUCCCGAAAUGGAAACGCAUGGUAUGCAGCGUUUCAUUGCCUUUGCUCUGGCAUUGGUUUUCAAGCACUCGUGCUCCCUGUUUCCUUCACUGUCCUUGGUUGGGCAUGGGGCAUCAUAGCCUUGACAGUUGCAUUCGCAUGGCAGCUUUACACUUUUUAUUUACUUGUGCAACUACAUGAAAACACCGAGACUGGCAUUCGUUACAGCAGAUAUCUUCAAAUUAUGAGUGCAAAUUUCGGUGAGAAGAAAGCAAAGUGGCUAGGCCUAUUUCCAAUCUUGUACCUAUCAAUAGGUACAUGUGUGGCUCUAAACAUAAUCGGAGGAUCAACAUCAAAAUUAUUUUUCCAGACUGUAUGCGGUCAAUCAUGCACAGUCAAAACAUUAACACCAGUAGAAUGGUACUUGGUGUUUGCGAGCGCUGCAGUUCUUCUGUCUCAGCUACCAAACUUGAACUCAAUUGCUGGUGUAUCACUUAUUGGAUCCAUCACUGCUGUCGUGUAUUGCACAAUUAUGUGGAUGGUUUCUGUUAACAAGGAUAGGUUGCCUGGCAUAACUUACAAGCCAGUUCGUGGACCAAAGGAGGUUGACAGGCUCUUUGAAGUUCUUAAUUCACUCGGGAUCAUUGCUUUUGCAUUUAGAGGUCACAAUCUCGUACUUGAGAUCCAGGCUACUAUGCCCUCGAGUGAGAAGCAUCCCUCCCGUGUGCCGAUGUGGAAGGGUGCCAAGGCUGCUUAUGCAGUUAUUGCAGCAUGUUUAUUCCCCCUUGCAAUUGGAGGCUUUUGGGCUUACGGCCAAAGGAUACCAAAAAAUGGUGGCUUGCAAUCAGCCUUCUACGCGUACCGAAGGAAUGACACCUCGGAAUUUAUCAUGGGACUUGUUAGUUUACUUAUCAUAAUAAAUGCUCUCAGCUCAUUCCAGAUCUAUGCCAUGCCAAUGUUUGAUGAGUUGGAGUCGAUUUUCACCAAGAGGAUGAAGAAGCCAUGCCAAUGGUGGCUCCGAAUAAUCCUGAGGGCAUUUUUCGGAUACGGGGUCUUCUUUUUGGCCGUCGCAAUCCCGUCUAUCGGGAGUGUGGGUGGUCUGGUCGGAGGAAUAUCAUUGCCGGUCACAUUGGCUUACCCUUGCUUCAUGUGGCUUAGGAUGAAGAAGCCAAAGAAGUAUGGCAAGAUGUGGUACCUUAAUUGGAGCCUGGGAAUCACUGGUUUGAUUCUGAGCGUGUCUUUUAUGGCUGCCGGAGUAUAUGUUAUAAAAGAGAAUGACAGUAAAUUUGAGUGGUUCAAGCCCAAGUAAUAGAAUGAAUAUGUGAUGUGAGAAAGGAGGAAGCUAGAUUUAUAAUUAUUUUUUUUGCUAUUAAAUAUGUGAUUGUGAGAUUUAUUUGCAGAAAAGCAAAUAAAUAGAAAAAAUAUAUAUAUAUUUCCUUAAUUCCUUGUAUCAUAACUGUUCUGUAAUACACGAUUCAUUUCUCUUCC